AUGGCUACUGAUGGCCAGGGCAGGCACGGUGCAAAAACUCGCACAGGGUGUCUAACUUGCAAGCGGCGUCGAGUAAAGUGCGGUCUCGAAAGGCCUUCGUGCGCGAGGUGUGUCAGAGCAGGCAGAACUUGUGAGGGCUAUCAACUUUCGCUGGUUCAAGAAGGUCUCGCGCUUCCUUCGAAAGCAACCACUCCACCACGCCUCAGCAGUUCUUCAUUCUUGCUCUCAGCCUUUCGUGCCACGCAGUCGGAAUGGCAAGCCUACCGAUUCUACAGCCACCGGGUCGCGUCGAUUCUAGGCGGCGCCUUUGAUACAGAGUUAUGGCAGAAGCAGAUGCUCCAGGUCGCUGAUACUGAACCCACUGUCCGCAACGGAAUCUUUGCCAUCGGAAAUCUUUUCAAACAUGGCCAUAAUGGCGCCUCGGAUCAUGCAUCAAACUGCAUCUGCACUCACUGUCGCCAAGCACUGCGAUACUACAACAAAUCCAUCUUGGCGUUGUCGCAUUCGCUGCAGGAGCCGUGCACGUCUCAAGCGGCCCAUGUUGCGCUUUUGUCGUGUAUUAUCUUCAUCUGCCUUGAAUUCUACCGGAUGAACGACAGCACUGGAAUUUCUCUAGUCUCAAAGGGGUGUAGCAUGGUUGCAGAAGCUAUGCAAAAUCAGCCCGCUUCUGGAAGGACUUGGAUAAAUCCGAGAUUGUUGAAAGUGUUCGAUCGACUUUGGCUGCUAUCAAGUAUGUUUGGCUAUCACUUACCAAAACCGUCACCGAAUCGUUCUCUACUGUCUCCCUCCGCUCGGGUGCCGGACUUUAACAACAUAGAAGGAGCAAGGGACUCCCUACACGAGAUUUUGGAGCUUGUCCAGGACUUGAGAUUGCGAGUCUAUCAGGCUCAUUGGAAUUCAUCUUCGCCGGAGGAUCUUUCGAUGGCUACAGCUUCGCUUCAGAGGGAGCAACAAAUUGCGCUGGUUCUGUUGGAAACUUGGCAACGGAACUUGGAAAUAGUUGUGGCACAACAGGCAAUGGGGUCAUUUCAGAGGUCACUCGCACAUUUAAUAUUAAGAGUCCACUACCUAAUCACCAAGAUCCGCGCCUCUGCAAGCCUAGAUCCCUCGGAGAUAAGUCACAAAGAUCACCUGGAUGACUUCAAUGAGAUUGUCGUCACAGCAGAGGAGGGCCUGACCAGAUUUCCUUUAAAAGAUGAAGCAGCGAGUUUCUCGUUUGAAAUGUCCUUUCUGGCGCCCCUGUACCUGACUGUCCUCAAGUGUCGAGAACCUACCAUCCGAAGAAAAGCUCUUGAGUUGAUGCGUCUGACAGGAGCCAAGGAAGGAUUGUGGCAUAGAUCCGAAGUACUCUGCAUCGCCGCAAGAGUUAUGGAACUUGAAGAAGGCAUCACCGCCUUUGACCUGGAAGAAGUUCUACCUGAGGCCGCCAAUCGUUGGCCGACGCUUUUCUACGAUGUGCUUGCUGGGCUGAACUACCGCAAAGCUGGAAAGACCCAUGUGGACGUUGUCUAUCUCACUUACGAUGCAACCUGUUUGCAACGCUUCCGGGGCAGGGGGGAAACUCUGGUAGUCGAGGAAUGA